AGCUUUCGCCUCCACCCACAUUCAAAAGUAAAGAAAGUCAUGCGCUGAGAGAGAAGAACUUGAAGAGGAAUUGACACCAUUUUUACCAAGGAAUUUGAGCCUAAACCAUUUCCCAACACUUGUUGCAGUAGGCAAUUUAUUUUUCCUUCCAUGGCAUUUUACAACGAAGAUAGCCAGGAGGACGCACGAGAGUGUCCGGUGUGCUAUGAGGGUCUGUCGGGCACGGAGAGGACUCUGAGCUGCGGACAUGUAUUCUGCCACGACUGUCUGGUCAAAACGCUGGUCAGCAUCAACAACGAAGGAAACAUCAAAGGCACUAUUGUUUGCCCUAUCUGCCGACAUCUUACAUUCAUUAAGAAACAAAAGGAAACUCUUGUGUCCCUUGCGGCGAAUAAGGAUCCAGAUGAAGCGCAGACGCUACAGGUGCCUCUCCCUCUGCCACUGAGAGAGCUCCAGAGCGCACGGCGCGCCUCCAGGGACAGUUUACCGAGGGGAGUUAACUGGAUUGCUCACAGCUUUAGGUGGAUGUCAGAACGAGUCCGUCGACAGAGGUUGAUCAUCCCCAGCCAUAAUGCAUUUCAGAUCUUUAUCAUAAGCGCUGAAGGGCGACCCAUGUGUGAAGACGACGUGCUCAGCGUUGUGGUGACUGCUGUUCGACCCCAGGGCAGGCGAAGGCGCAGGAUUUGCACAACUGCACGAUGCCUGUUCGUUUUGCUUUCAGUGUUUACGUUACUGGCACUAGUGGCGGCAACUUUACCCUGGGUUUUGUUGGCAUAGCCCAGUGAUAUUUGGACGUCUGGAUUAUGCAGUGCCAAUAGGGAAUGAUGAUCUGACAUUUGCAGAAAACAGCUUCGUCCUUAGUAGCUACAGCUAUGCAAUGAAGUGUGCAAAGCAGUUUAUUUGUUUUGAUGAUAAAAAAUAAUCUGGUGCAUUUAAGUGAAUAAUCAAUCCACUGAAAAUGUACAUUUUAGUUUUAAGGUAAGCCAUGCAACAUGGUUUUAAUAGUUGCUUAUUGUCAUUUUCUUUCCUCAUUUUAAAGAAAAGUCAAGAAGUUAAUAGGCACAUGCCUGUGUCCUUUAUGAGCAUCACCAAGCAACAGCCUAAAGUAAAGUAAAGGUUAGGAAAGCCUUGACAGCAAAGCCUUCUGUUUUGCAUUCCUGUCAAUGACAUGUUCUACAUGUUUAUGAAACAGUGUUUAACCAUUUCAACAUACAUCCAAAAUGUAUAAAUCCAAGUAGGUUGGACAUUCUGAAAUCAUAAUUUCAACUGUUUCCAAACGGCAGCAAACAACUUUGUGAACAAAAAUGAUAAACUCUUAUUUCACA